AUGACAGCGAUAGCUCAAUCAUCAGCAAGAGAAACAAGCGAUUUUUAUAAUGCUUGCUCAACCAAUGAUAUUCCUCAGGUAAAAUCGUCUUUAUCACGUAUGACUUUGCAUGAAAUCAAUCGAAUCGAACCUAAUGGAAGUACAGCAUUGCAUGUAGCAUCCUAUCAUAAUAAUGCAGCUGUCGUAUAUCUAUUAAUUCAACACGGAGCUUCAGUCUCAAUUCGAAGUAAUUCAACAAAUCUUACUCCAUACGAAGAGACAACUUCCACUUAUAUAAAGCAUCUUCUAACGAGUACAGGUAAUAAAGCAUGGAUCGAGUGGACAUUUGUGGAUCCUCUAACACGUGAAACAAAGGAAAUAUUUGAUACAGCAUUAGAGAAUACAUUUCAUGACAUGGGUUUGUCAUUUAUACUCAAUUAUUUGCUUAAUCACUAUGCUCGUGGACAUGUUGCUAAAGCAUCUUCUACGUCAGCCAAACAAAUUGAACGAUAUUUCGAAGAAGCACAAGUGCAAACAAAUUUGGCUCCUGUGAUAACAGCAUAUACUGCACCUUCAAUCUUUUUUUUUAAGAUUGUCAGUAAACAUUGCAUUGAAGUGAUUCCUGAACUGUUAAGAAUUCCAUUUGAACCACAGAAUACCUUGGCUGCAAGUAUUUUCUACUUAGUUGCUGCAUGUAACUAUGAUCCGAUGCUUCGACCAAAAUAUGCUUAUAUCGGUCAUGUUUAUCGAGGUCUAAGAAUGAGUUUGGACUAUUUUCGCACUUAUAAGAAGGAUGAACUGAUAGUAAAUCGACCAUUCGUUUCAACGUCGAAAGAAUAUAAUGUUUGUGAUAUAUUUAAUGGUUAUGGUGCAUCUAGUACAUUUCGAAGAAGUUAUGCUAGUCAAACUUCGUUAGAAAUUAGCGUUCGCUGUACUUACAAGAUUCGUCGUCCAGAAACACGUGCAAUUGAUAUUACAAAGAUGUCAGUAUUUGAACACGAACAAGAGGUGCUUCUUAUGCCUAUAAGUGUCUUUCGAUUGGUCAGCAUUGACGUCGAUGCGAAUGAAAAUGUAGCCGAUAUUGUACUUGAAGAUUGUGAUUUACCAUCAAAAUAUGAUCCCAUCGCUUCAAUGGUUCGAUGUGAUUUUGCUGAAUUCCCAAAUACUUUACUGGUUGUACCUUUCAUGCAGGUAUGA